UAUUAUGUCAACAAUGGUUCUUGAAAGUUAUUGUUUUGAUAAAAGUGAAAAAAAUAAUAAUUAAGUUACGUUACUGUUUGAAGAGAAAUGACAAUUGAGCUUUUCAAAUUUAGAAGUUCGGAAUAAAAGGCAAAGAUGUUAAUAAUUAUUUUGUUAGGUUUUGUAUUUAUUUAUAAUAAGGAUUUUGUAAAUAGUGUAGUUAUAAAUGACAUGACAACCAGUUCCUUUGGAGAUAACAAUGAAGGACUAAUUGCUGCCUUUGGAGAUUUUAAUUCAGACGAAUUGACUGACGCUUUUAUCAUUAAUGGUUCAAGUGUGCAAGUACUUCUUGCUCAUGACAAAGAACCAUUUUUGCGUCCAUCACUGUAUUCGUGUAACUUUGAUAAUUUGAAUAUAACCAGCAUUGUACCUGGUGACUUUGAUGGAGAUGCUUACAUGGAUAUACUUUUUACUACACAAAUUCAAAACAUUUCAUCUGACACUCAUGAAGUAAGGAUUUUAUGGGGUGGUAUGUCUACACUUAAUUGUUCUGAUGCACAGCUUAUACAGGUCAUAACUAUUGGUCAGCCAUUAGUUCUGGAUUAUAAUCGGGAUAUGAUUUUAGAUUUAUUUGGAAUAAAUUCUGAAAAUCAACGAGUAUUUUGGGUGUUUGAUAAAUCUAGGUCAACCCCAGAGGAAGUUCUCAUGAUUGGAGAUAACUUAAAAAAAAUUAAGCUUCCUCAUUCACAUUCAUUUCUAGAUGUUAAUGAUGACAAUGCUGCAGAUCUUUUAGUCACAACUGAAUUAGAUGUAGAAAUCUGGUUGAAUGAAGAGACAAGUGGAUUUAAAUAUAAUAAUAGCAUUGACUUGCUUGUUGGACAUCCAACUAUAUAUGGCCAGGCAUUGUUUAUUGAUGUGGCCCUUUCCGGACAAUUCUUUUUAGUUAUACCUGUUUGCUAUGAUUUAGACUGCAUCAACAGCACAAUUCUAAUUUAUGACAAUGAACAGUGGCAUGAUCUUCAAGUAGAUUUUAAUGAUGGAAAGGGCACUUUGUGGAGAUUUGUACCUCCUAGAAAUGAGACCUAUCUGGACACUAUUACUAUGCGCAGUGGAGACUAUAAUAUGGAUGGAUAUCCUGAUAUUUUAAUGACUUUAAGUCCUGUUAAUGGUAAAGACACUAAAGCCUUCCUUUUGCACAAUGUGGUGUGUAAUAAAGAGGGCUGCAAAUUUCAUAGAACUUUUGAGGUUCAAUGGGAGAGAUUUAGUACAUUUGGGAACAAUGUAGUAAUGGCUACAUUUUAUGAUUUUUAUAUUGAUGGUGUCCUUGAUGUUAUUUAUGUCCAAAGAAAUAUUACAACAGGGAAGCAUUUUUUAAGAGCUUUUAGAAAUGAGUUAGAAUAUGAUACAAAUUUUAUUAAAGUAAUAGUUGUAACAGGUCUUAGUAAUAAGAAAAUACCUACAAUUAAUGGAACUUUGAUAACUAGAAAGGUGACUUUUGGAACAAAUUUACCAGGGCCUAAGAUUGGAUACAAUACUUGGUCACAAGAAGGCAAUUAUCGGACUGGUGUAUGUGCGCAGCUACCACAAUCUGCGUAUUAUGCUUUACAACUACCAUAUUCUAUUUUUGGUCUUGAUCGGACUCCAAAUUUCGUUGACACAUUAACAGUUGGUCUCUUAGGUUUUUCAAAAAGCUGGACUCAGAUUAUACCCAAUUCUCAGAUAGUUUUGAUACCUGCUCCUCCAAGCGACCCUUCUCAAUGGCGUGCUCAACUUUUUGUAACACCAAGCAAAGUUAUUCUUAAAAGUGUGUUUGUUCUUACCGCUAUUAUUAUUGUAAUAAUUGGAUGUGUUCUUUACUUGCAUUGGAAAGAGAGAAAUGACCGACAAGACAUAAUAGAAAUUGAUGAAAAAACAUAUGUCAAAAUUUAAAAUAUUUUAAUUCCUUAUUAAUUAUUGUAUAUUGUAUAAUGUUGACUGUGAUUAUAGUCUAUUAUAGCACACUAUUACAUGUGUUAUUUGGUGAAAAUGUAACAACAUUAUUUGAAGUAAAACCUAUUUAUGUUUGACUGUGAAAUAUAUAUAAAAACUUGGCUAGAUUCUAAAUAGAUCUGAUUAAUAAUGAUUGAUUUUAUGGUUAAGUUUUCUUUAAUUCUCGUUGUUGUGUAUAUUCAAAAUUGUAUUGACUGUUAUAACAUUUUAAGACAAAUAGAGAGUUAGGUGAAUGUAAUUAAAGUUUUCUUAAAAUAAAAAAUGAAAUAUAUAAAAUAGUUGUUUAGUAAUGUUAAGAUUAUUAUAACAGUAAUUAAAAUACAGGUUUUUCAUAAUGACACAA